CAAGAUCAAAUUCUUUUUUAUUGUUAUUGAGACCAGUUCUGAGUUCCUACUACCAAAAACAGGCAUUUGUUUCUUAAAGUGAAUCGUACUAUAUUUAAAACAAAAAUGCGUGAACUAGUUUUGCUCUUAAUACAUAUUUCUUUUGCAGUUUCGGAUCUGAUAGUUGAACUACCAGAUGGCAAAAUUCAGGGACACCAAAUGCUUUCGUCUGAAAACAGGACCUUCUUCGCGUUUCACGGAAUACCGUAUGCGUCUCCUCCAAUAGGCAAACUCAGAUAUCAAUCACCGAUACCACCAGAACCGUGGAAUAAUGUAAGGGACGCCACUAAAGAAGGCCCAUCUUGCUUCUUCAUAAUCGAUUACUUCCCCGACGAUGGUCCCAAGAGUGAAGACUGUUUGUACUUGAAUGUCUACACUCCAUCGCUAAAUAAUUCAGAAAAACUUGCUGUGAUGUUUUGGAUACACGGGGGAGGAUUUGAAACUGGAAGCGGCAUUUAUCAGUACUAUGGCCCAGAUUACCUAUUGGAAGAAGAAGUCAUUGUGGUAACUAUUAACUACAGAUUGGGUCCAUUAGGAUUUGUAUCUACUGGAGAUGAUGUGAUACUGGGCAACUUUGGAUUGAAAGACCAGCUUUUGGCACUGAAGUGGACCAGGAACAAUAUCGCACUUUUUGGAGGUGAUCCAGAGAAAAUAACAAUUUUUGGCGAGAGCGCUGGCGGGAUGUCAGUUGGAAUACAUUUGGUGAGCCAAAAAUCGGCAGGUUUAUUUAGGGGAGCAAUUUGCCAUAGCGGUUGCUCGUUGAGCGUCACAUAUAAUUUAAACCCUAAGCCCUUCCUAUAUAGUCUCGCCCAACAACUGGAUAGCAGUAUUUCCGAAAAAAAUAGUAGCGUUGAAAUUAGAGAUUUUUUGAUAAUGCAAUCAGCAGAGGAUAUAAUGGAGGCCAGUCAUCAGCUGGACCACCAUGGGUUUGUUCCAACGAUCGAAGUAGAACACGGCGAAGCGUUUAUAUCAGCGCCAAAUUUCGAACUGCUCGAGUCGGGGAGGUUCAAUCAAGUGCCCCUAAUUUUAGGCACUAAUUCUGAAGAGUCUUUGAGUUUUGUAACUACUUUGAGUUCCGCAAAGGAAACAGCUCAAACAUUUGAUAAAGAUCCCUCUGCUUUGGUACCGUCCACUUGGCAAAUUUUGCCUGACGCCAAUCUUUCUUUGGUAGGGGAAACGAUACGAAACGCCUAUGUAGGGGAAAACGGAUCAUUUUAUGCAACCUUAGCCAAGACUCUCGAGUACUCUACGGAUAACAUAUUUAGAAGAGCCACCAUAAAACAAGGCGAGAUAGCAUCCAACUUUACGUCAGUAUUCUUGUACCAGUUUUCAUUUUAUGGAACCAAGAGUUUAAACAAUUACAAAGUAGAAGGAGCUGGCAAAGUAGCGCACUUUGACGAGCUAGCAUAUUUAUUUAAAAUGGAGCCGUAUCCUUUGGUUACAGAUGCAGAUCAGUUGACCCGCAAAAGGUUUACGAAAUUGUGGGCUAACUUCGCGAAAACACUAAAUCCAACUCCCGAGGCUUCAGAGUUGUUGCAAAAUAUUGUCUGGCCUGCGGUGCAACCGGAUAUCAUUCAGUACUUAGAUAUCGGUGAUAUCCUCGAAGCGAAGUCGCCUAAUAUGGAAGAAUUUUCAAUGUGGAAUAGGGUUUAUUAUACGUAUGCCGAAAGGCCGUUUAUUGUGUUUUAAAUAGUAUUGACAAUACUUUUGAAAUAAAUAGUUGCUAAACUUUUCUUUUAUCGAACAGCCAAAACCGUAUAUCAAACUACUAUUCAUUUUUUUGAACGUUAAUAACCUAUAUCUGGCAGCUCUUAAAACCCCACAAAUCUCGUAUAAAAUUGGUUGUGACAUUAAAUAGUAAAGUACACAAAAAUUUCUGGUCUACGGUGAAAACUGAAAAUAUUGUUUUGACUUCAUUCCCAAAUUAUCAGUCACUAAGUGAAGUUGUAAUGUUUGCUGUAAUGGACAAUUUUGUAUUAUAUCCUUCUUUUAAAAUAAUAAUAAUAUACU